AAUAUUCAUGGGACGACAAUUGGCGGAAGCCAACUGGACAUAGAGCUCUACGCUGCACGAGAUUCUGCCCCCUUUGCAACGUAAAGUUAUGGGAAAAAGCCCAUGUAUAUAUAUAUAACAUCAUUGACUGACAGCAAAAUUGGUUGACGAAACACUGCGGAAAGAGAGGGAGAGAGGGGGAGAGAGCGGGAGAGAGAUAGAGAGAGGAGUGGCUGGAACACCAACCAUGGCUUCCUCACCCUAUUUGUGCUUGUCUUGUUCAAUUAAAAGACACCUGAGAUAUGUCCAAUGUCUUUUGCCUAUUGUAUUAUUAUUAUUCAUUGUUAGUUGUGCUGGAAGGCCUUUCUAUCCACUCCCUCGUAAAUUGGCUGGUAGUGACAAACAGCCUCUACAAACUUCUCGUCCAUACAAUAUUGCACAUCGAGGUUCAAAUGGGGAGAUUCCUGAAGAAACUGCACCUGCAUAUCUGAGAGCUAUUGAAGAGGGUGCAGACUUCAUUGAAACAGAUAUCCUAUCUUCUAAAGAUGGAGUUCUUAUAUGCUUCCAUGAUGUAGUCCUUGAUUUUACAACCGAUAUUGCGGAACACAAGGAAUUUACAGAUCGUAAAAGAACUUAUGAAGUUCAAGGAGUCAAGAGCACAGGAUAUUUUGUAGUUGAUUUCACACUGAAGGAAUUGAAGUCGUUGCGGGUGAAGCAGAGGUGCCCAUUUCGUGAUCAACAAUAUAAUGGAAAAUUUUCUAUUAUUACUUUUGAAGAGUUCAUUUCAAUUGCACUGAACGCACCGAGAGUUGUUGGAAUAUAUCCAGAGAUAAAAAAUCCCGUAUUCAUCAAUGAGCGUGUGAAGUGGCCUGAUGGUAAGAAGUUUGAGGACAAGUUUGUGGAAACACUUAAGAAGAAUGGAUACAAAGGCACAUAUUUGUCUAAAGAUUGGCUGAAAAAACCUGCAUUUAUCCAGUCAUUUGCUCCAACUUCACUUGUAUAUGCAUCAAAGCUGACAGACUUGCCCAAGAUCCUAUUAAUUGAUGAUGUUACAGUUCCAACUCAAGAUACUAAUCAGACGUACUGGGAAAUUACUUCUGAUCAUUACUUUGACUUCAUUAAUAAGUAUGUGGUCGGUAUUGGACCUUGGAAGGAUACGGUGGUUCCCGUUGUAAAAAAUUAUUUGCAGAAACCUACUGAUCUGGUUGCCAGAGCACAUGCCCACAACCUACAGGUGCACCCAUACACAUACCGAAAUGAGAACUCGUUCUUGCACUUCAACUUUAGUCAAGACCCGUAUGCUGAGUAUCAUUAUUGGCUUAACACAAUAGGAGUUGAUGGACUCUUUACAGACUUCACAGGCAGCCUUCAUAAUUUUCAGAAGUGGACCAGUGAUGAUAACAGUGCCAACAAGUUAUUGCAUAAAAUUGCAGUUAUGGUCUCUUCCUAUAAAAAGAUUUGAGAAAAUGAGUUGAUAUUAUUUGCAUAUGUUUUAAUAAGUGCAACUUCUGGGUAUAACCUUACAGAAAUUCGUUUAUAAAAAAAUGGUAUCUGGGUUUCUAUUCUUUUA